UGUUGAAGGGGGUUGAAAGUCUUGGACGCGUGGAGGAAGGGACUUUAUUCCCCGUAUAGGAAAGUGCGCAGAGAGGUGGUGGUAACUCUCCGUCGUUUCUGAUUUUCCCCUAUGGAGAGAGACCGUGUUUAAAGAGAAAGAGAGAAGGAAGGAAAGGGACAGGAAGAGAGGGUUAAAGAGAGAGAGAGAGAGAGAGAGAGAGAGAAGUAAAGAGAGUAUAGACUCACACCUGGACCAGGAGGAACGGAACGGAACGGCACGGCACGCGCGGGUAACGCCGUCGUUAAGCUCGAGAACAGUGGUGGUAGAAUAUACCAGGUGGUAGUGGUGGUGGUGGUAGUGGUGGUGGUUGUGUCGCUGGUCGUCCCGCCGGAGGAAAGGGGCGGAGCGGAAGGGCCCAGACGGGGUACCGGUGGGCACCGCUGUCUCGAAAGUGAAAGAGAGAAAGAGAGAGAGAGAGAGAGAUAGAUAGAUAGAGAGAGAGAGAGAGAGAGAGAGAGAGAGAGAAAGAGAGAUAGAGAGAGUUUGCGACCGAGCCACCUCGCUCUCUCUUUCUUUCCUCGUCGCUCUCUUCGUCGUUCUUUCGUUUAGGAGGUUCCGUAGAACGUAGCCGUUGCCGCUACUACUAGAGAGCGUACCGUAUUCACACACUCUCUCUCUCGGCCGGCUAAGCGUCCGCGCGUUCUCAAUCGCUCCGCGUAUGUCAUGGGCGCACGGUGGACGCCGCCGCCGUUGUGGUACCACCGGAUCUCUAUGCCGAUCCGUCGUGGCGGAGCGUCGACAGAAGCAUCACCGGGAACAUCGACAGCGCCGUCCUCGUUGUAUAUCAGAAUCAAUCUUGUCGUAAACGGUGGCGCGACGUUCGAGCUUCGUUCGAGAUUCACGAAGGUGUUAGAGCUGAGAGCGGGAGCCUUGAAAGGUUUCCAAGGUGCCAGUUGCCAAGGUGCUGAUCAGUGACGACGAGAAGAUCGGUGACGAGGCACGUUUCGAGUUUAACGAAAUAGUAAAAGACUUUUUGAAUCAGUGCGUGCGUAUUUGUUUCGUUGGUUGCUCGCUAGCUCGCUUGUUUGCUUGCUUGCUUGAGCGGACAAGUAACUGUGAAAGACAAGGGAGAAGGAGAAGGAAAAGGAUUAGGGGGGAAAAGUGUGAAAGAAGAAGGGUGCGCGGUUAAUUUGAAAAAUCCCGGUUACGUAGUGUGCACGCGGUGUGUGUCCAGUCACGACAGCGAGCGAGUGCGCGCCUACCCGAACUAGAUGUGCGUAAAUGGAAGGUAUAGGGGACAUAGCCGAUCAUCAAUCGCAUAGCGAGCAAUUACUGGACUCGGUCGAUUCCCCGGCGGCGGUCUCUACGCAUGGCCGCAGCGGCAGUGGGGGUGGCUCGAAUGGAAAUUGUGGGGGUGGCGGAGGAAGAGGAGGAGGAGAAGGUGGUAGGGGAAGCGUGCUUGGUGGGGGUAGACACCACCACCAUCAUCAUCACCAGCACCAUCAUCACCAUCACCACCAUCAGCAGCAGCAGCAGCAGCAGCAGCAGCAGCAGCAGCAGCAGCAACAGCAACAGCAGCAGCAACAACAGCAACAGCAGCAGCAGCAUCAUCACCAUCAUCACCACCACCAUCAGCAACACCACGAGGUUAACGAAAUUGGAGGUGGUAGAAGCGGCGGUAGCAACGGUGGGGGUGGUAGUAUCGAGGGUAUGUCAUCGUCGGCCUCUCAAAGUCCCGACAUCGCGUGCGCGAGCAUACCGCUCGAAUUGCUCGCUGCUGGCGCGCUCGGCGUUAAAGAGGAACGAGAUCUCGUUGCCGCGGAAGAUCUUUCGUCGUCUCAGGAAGGGCCGACGAUCGGUAGCGGAGGAGGCGGUGGUAACGGAAACGGUGCCGGUGUUGGUGGUGCUGGUGGUGCUGGUGGUGGUGGUGGUGGCGGCGGUAGUGGUGGUAGUAGUAGUGGUGGCGGUGGUAGUGGUAGUGGUGGUGGUGGUAGUGUCGUUGGUGGUGGUGGUAGUGGAGGUGGUGGUGGAGGCGGUAGUGGUAGUACCGGCGGCGGCUGCGGCGGUAGCAGCAGCAGCAGCAGCACCAGCAGCACCAGCAGUACCAGCAGCGGUGGAGGUGCCAUCGGUGGUGGCGGUGACGGUGGCGGCGGCGUCGGCGGUGGCGGUGGUGGCGGCGGCGCCGUCGGCGGCGGUGGUGGUGGUGCCGGUGGUGGUGGUAGACAGAGCAGCGCGAGGGAGUCCCUGUCGGUGAUCGUGCCACCUCAGGACGUGGACGUGGACUCGCGCGACGACGCCGACGACUCGGAGCUCCUCAGUCCGGGCAAGCUAACGCCGACGUCGGGGAUAAGCGUCUCGGUCGCGAGCAUGAUCGACGCGACGGACUUCAGGGCGAUGCAACCGGAGCCGACUUAUCAAACGUUGACGUCGGUUACCGAAAGAAUGUCGCCGCCUGGCUUCAGCCCGGGCUCCUCGUACGCGACGUUGACGCCGUUGCAGCCGUUACCGCCGAUCUCGACGAUGAGCGACAAGUUUGUGUACGGUCAUACGACCGGCGGGGUAACCGGUAGCUUCGCCGUGAUGCAGAACAACGGCCUCGGUAACAUCGGCCUCGGUAUGGGCGGCUCGCCGUACGCGUACGAUAAACUACCCUCGAUGGGAAUGUCGCCACCGCACAAUUAUCCCUCGCCCGGUGCGGGCCUACAGCCGAGUCCUCUCUCGCCCCAGAGCGCUUACAGUCAAAGCGCCCUGAAUUCGCCGCACAAGUCCGCGAGUCCGCACUAUGAUCCGGCUUUCCUACCGAGGCUACAACAGAGUCCCGCCGCACUUAGCCCGUCUUCGCCGCCGGCCGUCUCGGCGACCGCCACUUUCGCGCCCUCGCAUCAUUCCCCGCCCGCGCACUCAGUGCCGGCGGCCUCGCCCCCGCCCAUACAAACCCAGCUUCAACAGCAACAACAGCAGCAACAGCAGCAACAACAACAGCAACAACAGCAACAGCAACAACAGCAACAGCAACAACAGCAGCAGCAGCAACAACAGCAACAGCAGCAAUCGUUGGCGGCGCAACAGACUAUAUCGCACACUCAGCACGUGCAACACACGUCGGUCGUCAUGAAGACGGUCUCCUCGGCCGGCCACGGUGCUGGCGAGGUCGAGGAGAUCAACACGAAAGAAUUGGCACAGAGGAUCAGCGCCGAGCUCAAGAGGUACAGCAUACCCCAGGCGAUAUUCGCCCAGAGGGUACUCUGCCGUAGUCAGGGAACGCUCAGUGAUCUCCUACGUAAUCCAAAGCCCUGGUCGAAGCUCAAGAGCGGCCGGGAAACGUUUCGACGUAUGUGGAAGUGGCUGCAGGAGCCGGAGUUUCAAAGAAUGUCGGCCUUGCGUCUAGCAGCUCUGAGCAACUGCUCUGAAAGCGGGGGCGAACCGGAAGCCAUGCUGGAUAUCCACCACCAAGGAAGCGGCAUCGACACUCACCAUCAACAGUUUCACAACUCCUAUGCUGCACAGAUUCCACAACGCGGAACAUGCAAGAGGAAAGACGAGAUGUCGAAUCAGGCAGAACACCAACAGCCCGCCCCCAAGAAACCGCGGCUGGUUUUCACAGACCUUCAGCGCCGUACUCUACAGGCUAUUUUUAAAGAGACCAAGAGGCCGUCGAAGGAGAUGCAGGUGACAAUCGCGCGACAGUUGGGCCUUGAACCGACGACGGUCGGUAAUUUCUUCAUGAACGCUCGACGGCGCUCCAUGGACAAGUGGAAGGACGAGGAUCCGAAGACCGUGGCGGUCGAGGAGGGACAGCUAUCGCCAACAAUAGGUAUCGGGCAGCGACAGCCAAGCGACGUUUUGUGACACACGUCCGACCACGAGGAGUACCACGACGAGUCACCAGAGGAGGAUCUACCCUUCUCGUAAGGGUCUCCUUCUCCAACUUCCAUCUCUUCCCACCAGAAGGACAAGCAGCCCUUUUCUCGAGCUAUUCCCAAAGAACGAUCCAUUCGUUCGCUCUUUCUUUCUUUCUUUCUUUCUUUCUUUCUUUCUUUCUCAUUUUUUUUUCUUCUUCUUCUUUUUAUUUUUCCUAUCCUUCCUCUUUUCUAAUACGAAUGAGAAGCCUCGAUAAAUCGAUCGUAAAAAAAAAAAGAGAGAAAUCAAUUAUGCCGAAUUAAGCAUAGAAUUAUUAUUCUAAUGUCGUGCAAUAAACUAUGUCGAUUUAUUUCGACAAGAGAGAGAGAGAGAGAAAGAGAGAGAGAGAUAUCUCGUUCUUUCU